AUGUCGUUUGCACUGCAGGAAGAGAUGAUUGGUUUGAUUCACAACCAGUCAACCCUCAUCGACAUCCGGAAGCAACCUACUUUGUCCACGACCGACGGGGAAGAAGACGAACCACCGACGUUCGAGGAGCCGCAGGAGGAGGACCAGCUAGAGCCCCAGGACGUCGCUUUCGUAGACUACCUGUGGCAGCUAAUCAUGUCGCUGCUGCUCGUGCUGCAUACUACUCUUGCGUGUGGUUAUGAUCGCGCCGCAAGGACCUGGGCGCGGGUUCCCUCCAGCCCAACAACGGUAGAUGUAGAGGAAGUCCUUGUCAUGGACGGCGUCAUGGCCUGCACACCCUUCGAUGAUGAUGACGACGAAUACUUCGACCACUUCGCAUCAAUGCACGCGAACCCCGAAUAA